AUUGUAUUAUUAUACUAGUAGAUUAUAGUAGAAGAUUAGAAGUUGAUAAAGGGGAAAAAAACAGAAAAAGAAAAAAAAAAGGAAAAAAAACAGAAAAAAGAAGAAGAAAGCGACAGAGGUAGUAUAAAUGCAAUGAAUUAAUUUGAUAACAAAAAAUCACAUCUUACUCGAUUAAUAGAAACGUAAUCCUUUUAUAUCGAAAAUAAAGUUUCUUCCUUUUUUUUACUGUACUGUUCUGUGAUGAUGUAGUGAACGCUGUUUCAAUCUCAUCAGCUUUGAAUUGGGUCAACACAGGUUGAAUUUCAAAGGUCAUAGUGGUUUAUAGUUGAAACUUUAUCUCAUCAACGUUUUCUACAAGUUGGGAUUUUUUUUCAAGUCAAUUUGCAUGAAAGGUGUUUGAGAUCUUGUCAACAAUAUUGAUGGUUGAGAUUUCAUUAGUUGGUUAGGUUGGUAUUGUCCUUUGACUUGAGGGAUUUGAGAUAUGGACACCCUUUAUCAUAUUUGUGUUGUGUGUUUGAGGUAAUAACAUAUAUACUUUGAGACACUACAUCAUAUUAGUAUUUGUGUUGUGUGUUUGAGGUAAUAGCAUAUACCCUUGGAGACCCUUUAUCGGAAUAUUUGUUGAUGACAGACACAAUUGGUCGAACUCUGUGAUCAAGUGUUGUGUUUCUGUUGCAUUUAACCGGAUUUGCUUAAGUUGGACAACCUUAAAAUGUCAGAGAAGAGUAUGGUUCCGUCUAGGUUUAUGUUUUGUGUGAUGGUUAUUUCUAUGUUCCUAUUGGUCUUGUCUACCAUUUUCCUACUUCAGUUUAGCAGCCAUUCUUUGAUACCUAGAUCAGUUUUAGAGCUUAUUAUUGUUAAUAACUCGUCGUUUUACUUUACGCCCGAUUUCAAGAAAGAACAAAUCAUGCUUCCUACAUACCCUUCUGAUGAUUUAAAAGUUCAAACAUUAAAACCUAGAGAUUCUGAUUGGAAAGUUUCUAAUUCAAGUCAGAAGAGAAGUUCUGUAGAACAGAAGAAUAAGAAGAUGAACAGGGUAUGUGAUCCAACUCGAGCUCUGUUGAAAGUAUUCAUGUAUGACUUGCCACCGGAAUUUCACUUCGGGUUAUUGGGUUGGAAGGGAAGUGUAAAUCAAACGUGGCCAGAGGUGGGUAACCCCAGCCGUAUUCCACGCUAUCCCGGUGGAUUGAAUUUGCAGCAUAGUAUUGAAUACUGGCUCACACUUGAUCUUCUAUCAUCAAACACUGGAAAAGCUGGUCAACCUUGUACUGCAAUUAGAGUGCAGAAUUCAAGUCAAGCAGAUAUAAUUUUUGUGCCGUUUUUCUCGUCUUUGAGUUACAAUCGGCAUUCCAAGAUUCAAGGGGAGGGACAAGUUAGCGUUAAUAAAAUGUUGCAAGACAGAUUGGUACAUUUCUUAAAGGGGCGGAAAGAAUGGAAACGCUCGGGCGGGAAGAAUCAUCUAAUUGUAGCCCAUCAUCCUAACAGCUUGGUGGAUGCAAGAAGAGACCUGGCUUCUGCUAUGCUCAUACUUGCAGAUUUCGGUAGGUAUCCUGUUGAGUUAGCAAAUAUCAAGAAAGAUAUAAUAGCUCCAUAUAGACAUUUGGUGGGUACGAUACCAAGUGCUGAAUCACCUUCAUACGACGAGCGUCCCACGCUGGUUUAUUUCCAAGGGGCGAUAUACAGGAAAGAUGGAGGAAUUAUUCGCCAAGAACUGUAUUACCUCCUCAAAGAUGAGAAAGACGUGCACUUUACAUUUGGGAGCAUAGGUGGAAACGGGGUUAAUCAGGCAAGCCAGGGCAUGUCCAUGUCCAAAUUUUGCCUUAAUAUUGCUGGAGAUACCCCAUCAUCCAAUCGACUUUUCGAUGCUAUAGUAAGCCACUGUGUUCCCGUGAUCAUCAGUGAUGAAAUUGAGCUACCAUUUGAAGAUGUUUUGGAUUACUCAGAGUUUUCCUUAUUCGUUCGCGGCACCGAUGCCAUAAAGAAAGGCUACUUACUUAAAUUCCUUCGGUCAAUCAAGCGCAAGGAAUGGACCAAGAUGUGGGAAAGAUUGAAGGAGAUUACACAUCACUUUGAGUAUCAAUAUCCAUCCCAAUCCGGGGAUGCAGUGAACAUGAUUUGGCAGGAAGUUGCGCGUAAGAAAUCUUCAAUGCAGUUCAAUUCACACAGGAAGAACAGAUACAAUAGAUCUCAGCGUCUUGUCAAGACUAACUGAAAUACUGAGAUUCUGUUUUGUUGAAUUCAUUUGACCUUGGUCAUAUUCAACAUAUCAAUGGGAGAGAGAUAGACCUUGUCAGAAAUUUGCAACUAGCAAGUUUUGUACCCUCCCUUUUCACUCUUUUUUUUUUUCUUUAACUAUGUUGUUCAUCUUGUUUAUAAAAUUUUCAAGUCAAAACACGCCGCAUUAUUUGUCCACUGUUUGGUAUUUGAAUUCGAGCAAAUAACGAAAGGUAUUUUCCUAUUAAUGAAAGUUGGCUACAUGGAUCAAACAAUA